GCAACUGCUCGCCAUCGUCCAGGCGAGGCUAACAGUCAACUGCAAGCAGGCUUGUCAUUUAUCUUUUAUUCACUUCUUCAGCCGAGUAUACUCGCGACUGAUCUCGCAUCAUCUACAGAGCUGUCAAAAUAGAUGCCCAAGAUGUCAAAACAGCGCUCUCGAAAUCUCUUUACUAAAGCUAUCGCCGCUGCGACCAGUCAAAUACCCAACGAGCAGCAACGAAAUAGUCAUAGGCACAAUAACUUUACUUUGGAAAAAAAUACAUUUCGCUAUGACUUGUCGUUGGAUCUGGACAACAAAAAUGAUGGCGCGAAGAGCAUGAGUGUAAAAAGCGAGGUGGCCCCUUCUGCAGAGGAAAGGAAUGAAGCCGAUGAGAACCCUGACAAGGGCUUCGAGGAUUCCAUCUUUCUUCCAUUCGAUUUUGACGUCAACAAAUGCUACCAUAAGUUGGUGCAGAUUGCCACUGAAGUUGGAAUUAUGGUUUCGCACGAUUUUGAUAGUAACACUUUACGACUUUGCGCAGACGACGUAGAAUCGCUCUCUCAUGGUCGCGGACUCAUCAACAGCCUUGUUUACAAUCCUGAGCGGCCGAUCAAAAGCAAAACUGUUCGCAAGUUUGCGAAGGCUGAACGUCCCGGAGAGUGGGGUGAACCAAGGGAGAAUAGUGCUCGUCCAGGUUCAUACAAAAUGCUUGGUAAAUAUGGCGAGUAUUAGACGGCGUUUACAGGGCAUCAAUUGAAAAAGAUACGCACGUAGUCGCAAGGUUUUUGGGAAGGAUAAAGGGUUUAAAAGAUGUACUGAAAGUACUGCUAGUUUUUAGUUGUUCGCAACACCCUCCAGGCUGCACUAGUACCUUUCAUCAAAGAGAGGUCUGUUUAUGUC